CAUGACCUAACCCCCCUGGUAAUGUGUAACCACUGAGUCCCUUCAACAAACAGUGCAGUUCUAAACCCAAACGCAGGGUUUUCCAGAGUCCACCACAUUAAAAUAGGUGUGUAAACCCUCUAAGACCUUGUUAUGCAAAUGUGGAGCACAGUUGGACCAGGAAGUUUCCAUCAGGAAGAAAAAUACCCGACCAGUGUUUGGCGAGUUCCUCAUUCCCGGCCAGCCGUCAAGUGUGAAACCCUCACACAGACACCUGGAGAGACGUCAUGGGCUCCAUCAAGUCCAGAUUGAGCAGAAAGACCGUGGAGGAGAAGACGGACGCCGCCCAGGUGCCUGGCCAGGUGGUCCAGGAGGAUGAGCAAAGCGAGAGGGUGAAAGUGGUGGUGGGCAUCUACCCGUACCAGGGGGUGCACCCCGACGACCUCACCUUCCAGAAGGGAGAGAAGAUGGCGGUCCUGGAGGAGAACGGCGAGUGGUGGAAGGCAAAACUGCUGACCUCGGACAAGGAGGGCUUCAUCCCGUCCAAUUAUGUCGCCCAGGUUGACACCGUGGAAACUGAGCCGUGGUUCUUUAAGGGCAUGACAGGAAAGGAUGCAGAAAGGCAGCUGCAGACAUCUGCAAGCAAAGCUGGAGACUUCAUCAUCAGGGACAGUGAAACUUCCAAAGGGAACUACGCCUUGUCCAUCCGGGACUUGGAUGUGGACGGGACCGAGUCGGUCAAACACUACAGGAUCCAGGUGUUGGACCACGGCGGCUUCUACAUCGCUCCCAAGCUCUCCUUCCCCGACAUCAACAGCUUGAUCAAACACCACCAGCACAAAGCAGAUGGCCUGUGCAGGAAACUGGAGCGUCCAUGUGCCAAGCCUGAAGCCCAGAAGCCGUGGGACAAAGACGCCUGGGAGAUUCCCAAAGAGUCCAUCACCAUGGUGAAGAGGCUGGGAGCCGGGCAGUUUGGAGACGUCUGGAUGGCGUACUACAACAACACCACCAAGGUGGCGGUGAAGACGCUGAAGCCGGGCACCAUGACGGGGGAGGCCUUCCUGGCGGAGGCCAACAUGAUGAAGACCCUGCAACACCACCGACUGGUACGUCUCUACGCCGUGGUGACCAGGACUCAGCCCAUCUACAUCAUCACCCAGUUCAUGGCCAACGGCAGCCUGCUGGACUUCCUGAAGACCGAAGCAGGCUGCAGGCUGACACUGCCCAGGCUGAUUGACUUCUCUGCGCAGGUGUCGGAGGGUAUGGCCUACAUGGAGGAGAAGAACUACAUCCACAGAGACCUGAGAGCUGCCAACGUCCUGGUCUCUGAGGACCUGCUCUGUAAAGUUGCUGACUUUGGCCUGGCGAGAAUCAUCAGUGACAACGAGUACAUUGCCAGGGAGGGAGCCAAGUUCCCCAUCAAGUGGACGGCCCCGGAGGCCAUCAGCUACAGCUGCUUCACCAUCAAGUCGGACGUGUGGUCCUUUGGAGUUCUGCUCUACGAGAUCAUUACCUUUGGUCAAAUGCCAUACCCAGGCAUGACCAAGGCGGAGGUGAUGUCCUCGCUGCAGCGCGGCUACAGGAUGCCCCGCCCCGGCGAAUGUCCGCCCGAACUCUACGCCAUCAUGGAGUCCUGCUGGAGGAGCGAGCCGGAGACUAGGCCCACCUUCGACUACAUGCAGAGCGUGCUGGAUGACUUCUACAUGUCCACCGAGGGACAGUACCAGCAGCAACCGCGCGGCUGAGGACGCGCCACCACGUACGCCCGCUGACACACCACAUGCGGCGGUUUACCUGACACACGACACGUGACGGAUUGGAUCAAUGAUCCAAAAGCGUUACGUUUUGGAGAAAAUAUCCUCAAACAUUAUGAAUAUGGGUAAUAUAUGUUACUAAUAUUUGACUGGUUAGAAGUACUACUUUACUUCAUAUUGAAGUAUUUAUAUCCACCAUGUAAUGACCUCUGUGUAGAGGUCACGGCGAUCCGUCACUAGCAAACAAAAAGUGACAAGCAUGAAGAUGUUUGUUUACGUUUGUCAUGUGUGGAGUGGAAUUAGUGCCAAAAAUAACUGUUUUCUUCAAGUAGAACAAAUUAAAUCAGCAAAUAUAAAUACAACAUUCUGCCAGUAAAGACUUGAUUACCAAGUAAAACAUUUUAUUUCAUUAAAAAAACGAUUUGCAUGUAUAAAACUGAUUUUAUUUGACUUAAAAGAGCAAUUCGUAAGUAUAAAAACUAUUUUUCUGCAAAUAAAAAUGUUUUUUCAUUUAAAAAAAAAUUUUUUUUUUCAUUUAAAAAAACUAUUUGCGAGUAUAAAAACUAUUUUUUUGCAAAUAAAUAAAACGAUUCGCAAAUAUAAAAACUAUUUUCUUCAAUGACAAACGAUUCUCAAGUCUAUAAACAAGUUUCUGCAAGUAGAAAAUCAAACUGCGACUAUAAAAACUGUUUUUUGCAAAUAAAAAAACGAUUUGCAAGUGUUAAAAACCAUUUUCCGCAAGUAAAAAAUCAAUUUGCAAGUAUAAAAACUAUUUUUUGCAAAUAAAAUUUUGUUUUCGCAAGUAUAAAAACUUUUUUUUUUAUUUAC